AUUUUAGACUUGCACUCAAUGUGAACUCUCUCUUAUUUAUGUAUAUAAAACAAGCCUACCAUUAUGGGUCCAUUCCAUUUGCAUUUGGUGUUCCACAUUUAAGAAGCGAAGUAGAUAAGCUUAGAGAAAGACAGCUUGAGAGGGAUGGAUUUGUUCAGGGGAUUGAUGAGAAUGUCUCUGAUGUGCUCUGUUUUCUUUCUUGGUUUUGUGUUCAUUUUGGAAACCGGGGUUCAAGCUUGGAGCAAAGAGGGUCAUAUUAUGACUUGCCAAAUUGCACAGGAGCUGCUGGAGCCAGAAGCAGCACAUGCUGUUAAGAUGCUGUUGCCCGACUAUGUCAAUGGCGACUUAUCGGCUGUGUGUGUAUGGCCCGAUCAAGUAAGGCAUUGGUACAGAUACCGCUGGACGAGCCCUCUUCACUUCAUUGACACUCCUGAUGAAGCCUGCAACUUCAAGUACAAAAGGGACUGCCAUGAUCCUCAUGGAGUGGAGGAUAUGUGCGUUGCAGGUGCCAUAAGAAAUUUCACCACUCAACUCUCACAUUACAAAGAGGGAACUUCUGAUCGUCGUUAUAAUAUAACCGAGGCCUUACUAUUCUUGUCACACUUUGUGGGUGAUAUUCACCAGCCAAUGCAUGUAGCAUUCACCAGCGACGAGGGAGGUAAUACUAUAGAAUUGCGCUGGUUUAGGCACAAAUCGAAUCUCCAUCAUGUUUGGGAUAGAGAGAUCCUUCUUACUGCUGCUAAAGAUUACUAUGGAAAUGACAUGUCCCUCCUUGAAGAAAGCAUAGAGGGGAACUUCACUGAUGGAAUCUGGCACAGUGAUGUUGCAUCCUGGAAGGAAUGUAAUGAUAUUUCUGCUUGUGUGAACAAGUGGGCUUCAGAAAGUAUAAACAUAGCUUGCAAAUGGGCUUACAAAGAUGUUGAACCUGGUGUCACCCUAGGGGAUGAUUACUUCAAUUCAAGGCUUCCAAUUGUCAUGAAACGAAUAGCCCAGGGAGGAGUUCGACUAGCAAUGAUUCUAAACCGGGUUUUUGGCGAAGUAGAUGAAGAUUUGGCUGUAGCAACUUGAUUAACUGGCCCACCAGAAGGACCCAGUAAUCUCAACACAGAUCCUUCUUCAUACCAGACCAUAGGUUUGUCUCAGGAUUACAUAUCUAAACUAUGUGUAACAAUAGUUCUUGUAAGCUUACCAUUUUCCCUUUAUAUUUUUAGACUAUUGUGGACAAUUCUCAGACUCAGAACGAAUAAUGUGUAAAGAUGCAGGGAGCAAACUCUCAUGAAUAAUUAAUAGAAA